UCAGGGUUUCGAACUCUUCAUUCCACUGUCACCGCACUUCUUGAGGCUACUAAUAACUGGUCUUACAAUAUUGACCGAGGCAACGUUAAUGCCGUCGUUUUCUUAGACCUCAAGAAGGCGUUUGAUACUGUUGAUCAUGCAAUAUUGCUGUCAAACUUAAGCGUAUAUGGUUUUGGAGGUUCUGCAGGCAACUGGUUUAGGUCCUACUUAAAUGAUCGCAAUCAAAAAUGUUAUGUCAAUGGUCAUCUGUCUAGUCAACGCGUAUUGCCUUGCGGUAUCCCGCAAGGGACUAUCUUAGGACCUUUGCUUUUCCUUAUCUACAUUAAUGAUUUACCAAAUUGCCUGACACAUUCCCAUCCAC